AUCUAUUUAGAUUGUGAAGGCCUUGACACAACCUAAAAACUCUGAAACAACUACCUUCUGUCAGCUGGUUAUUUUGGUCAGUUUGGGAACACCUUGACACAACCUAAAAAUUACACCAAGGUUACCACUAAUAACUUUUGAGAUGACAGGACAGCCUACGUAACAACCAACCUCUGUGUUCGGAAGUAACACCCACACAAUGCCUGCUGACUUCAAGUUUAGUGAAGAUUUCUCUGUGACUGAUGACAUCAAGAGACAGUUUGAAGAUGAUGGGUUCAUCAUAGUCAGAGGUCUUCUGGAUUCUGAAGAAAUAUCCCUGUUGAAAACUGCUGUAGAAUCAGAUGAUGGAAUGCUGAAGCAAGCUUUUGAGCUCAAUGAUGGAAAAGAUAGGAAGAGUAAGAUGUGUCUGUGGAAUCACCCGGGAAAUGACAUCACCGGGAUGGUAGGGCGAUGCGAGAAAGUUGUGACGACAUCAGAAAAAUUGCUCGGUGGCGAAGUGUACCACUAUCAUACCAAGCUGAUGAUGAAGGAAGCUUUUACUGGGGGACAGUUUGUGUGGCAUCAAGACUAUGGGUACUGGUACAAAAAUGGUUGCCUCUUCCCCGACAUGCUGACCGCCUUCAUCCCUGUUGACAGGGCCGAUCGUAGGAAUGGUUGCCUCCAAAUCCUGAAGGGCUCGCACAAGUGUGGCCGCAUCGAACAUGUGAUGAUUGGUGGGCAGACGGGUGCUGAUCUAGAACGGGUCAACGUCUUGAAGGAGAAGUUGGAUCUAAUGUACGUGGAGAUGGACCCAGGUGACGCCCUGUUCUUCCACUCGAACCUCCUGCACAACAGUGCUCAGAACAACAGUGAAUUCCGCCGGUGGGCUUUCCUCUGCGCUUACAAUAGGGCAUCAAAUGACCCAGUAUAUGAACACCACCAUCCAAAAUAUACUCCAUUGACAAAGGUUCCCAACAGUGCCAUCAGGACUUGUACCACGAUGACGGACAUGACUGGUAAAGACUUCAUGAAUCCAAAGGAUGAUAAGACAAUCAAAGUUUCAAAGGAUAAGGCGUGAAAAACGCAAGGCUUGAAAGAUACCAGCAAGGUGUAUUGGUUUUGGUCUGCAUUUUAGCCCCACCCAGUGUUUGGUGAGACAACCAAUACCUCCUGUUUGUUAUCAGUUCCUUAAAUAUGAAGUGGUUUUGGUGAUUGCUGUCAUUUGAUAGUGUGGUGCUAAUAGAUUGCAUUCAGAUGAUUUAGUUCAGAUUUUUUUGUCUCCAUCGAUGCAGCUAUACCAGUGAUUGUAUAUGAAAUUCUGUAUUCAACAUGCUCAAGCUGCAUGGAAAUGUAAACAGUGGUUAUGCUACAUUCAUGUAACCAUGUAGAGAAAAUUGAAAGUGUCUUAUUUCAUAUAAUUUAUUGGAAUAUAUAAUAAAAUUAUGAAGACUGUUGG